GCUGCGGGCUCCGCGCGCGCGGGCCAUGUCAGCCUUCUGCCUGGGCUUGGCCGGCCGCGCUUCAGCACCCGCAGAGCCGGACAGCGCCUGCUGCAUGGAGCUGCCCGCCGCGGCCGCGGACGCAGUCGGGAGUCCAGCCGCCGCCGCCCUCAUCUCUUUCCCCGGGGGCCCCGGGGAGCUGGAACUGGCGUUAGAGGAGGAGCUGGCGCUGCUGGCGGCCGGGGAACGGCCGUCCGACCCCGGGGAGCAUCCUCAGGCCGAGCCCGGGCCUUCGGCCGAGGGGGCCGAACUGCAGCCGCCACCCGCUCAGGAUCCCGAGCUGCUGUCGGUGAUCCGGCAGAAGGAGAAGGAUCUGAUGCUGGCGGCCCGACUGGGCAAGGCGUUGCUCGAGAGGAACCAAGACAUGAGCCGGCAGUACGAGCAGAUGCACAAGGAGCUGACAGAUAAGCUGGAGCACUUAGAACAAGAGAAACAUGAACUAAGAAGACGAUUUGAGAACCGAGAAGGGGAGUGGGAAGGGCGCGUGUCCGAGCUGGAGAGUGACGUGAAACAACUUCAGGAUGAGCUGGAGAGGCAGCAGGUUCACUUACGGGAAGCAGAUCGAGAAAAGACACGGGCCGUCCAGGAGUUAUCAGAACAGAACCAAAGGUUAUUGGAUCAGCUCAGCAGGGCAUCAGAAGUUGAGAGACAACUCUCCAUGCAAGUCCACGCCCUCAGAGAAGACUUCCGUGCGAAAAACUCUUCAACCAGCCAGCACAUCGUCCGCCUCGAAAGCCUUCAGGCCGAGAUCAAGAUGCUGUCGGAUCGGAAGCGGGAGCUGGAGCACCGUCUCAGCGCCACCUUAGAGGAGAAUGACCUGCUCCAAGGGACCGUGGAGGAGCUACAGGACCGGGUGCUGAUCUUGGAGAGGCAGGGCCACGACAAAGACCUCCAGCUGCAUCAGAGCCAGCUGGAGCUGCAGGAGGCGCGGCUCUCCUACCGACAGCUGCAGGUGAAGGUGGAGGAGCUCACGGAGGAGAGGAGUCUGCAGAGCUCUGCCGCCACCAACACGUCCCUCCUGUCUGAGAUCGAGCAGAGCAUGGAGGCCGAGGAGCUGGAGCAGGAGAGAGAGCAGCUGAGACUGCAGCUCUGGGAAGCCUACUGCCAGGUGCGCUAUCUCUGCUCGCACCUUCGAGGAAACGACAGCGCCGACUCGGCCGUCUCCACGGACUCCUCGAUGGACGAGUCUUCGGAAACCUCGUCUGCCAAGGACGUACCGGCAGGCAGCCUGCGCACUGCCCUCAGCGAGCUCAAGAGACUGAUACAGAGCAUCGUGGACGGCCUGGAGCCCACGAGCUCCCGGAGAAUUGACGAUGACUCCUUAGAAGAACAGAUAAGGCAGACCAGUGAGGAUUCGAGAGCUCUGCGCGAGCUCAUGGAGGGAGAGAGGGGUAAACUGAGGCAGAGCCUAGAAGAGCUGCAGCAGCUCCACAGCCAGGUGACACUGCUGAGUGUGGAGAUGACUGCGCUGAAGGAGGAGAGAGACCGACUCAGAGUGACAUCUGAGGACCAGGAGCCAAAGGAGCAGCUUCAGAAGGCCAUCAGGGACCGGGACGAGGCCAUCGCAAAGAAGAACGCUGUGGAGCUGGAACUCGCCAAGUGCAAGAUGGACAUGAUGUCUCUGAACAGCCAGCUGCUGGAUGCCAUUCAGCAGAAACUGAACCUCUCGCAGCAGCUUGAGGCUUGGCAGGAUGACAUGCACAGGGUCAUUGACCGGCAGCUGAUGGACACGCACCUGAAGGAACAGAGCCGGCCUGCUGCUGCCCUCUCCAGGGCCCACGGCUCGGGGCGUGGGGAUGAGCCCAGCACCGCUGAAGGCAAACGGCUCUUCUCAUUCUUCAGGAAAAUUUAAACUGGGAGGAGUCAGGCCAGCAAAGAUGGGUGCACUGGAGGCAACUGGAAAGGGGAUGCGGGCGGGGGCCCAGCGCACCGGGUUUGCAUGCCAGGCCCCCUGCCCUGGGCCGGGCCCAGCGGCUGCACUGCACCCCUGCACUGGGGCCCAGCUUACUAAGAGGCCUGCUAAGCCUCUGAAGGCUGCCCUCAACAGGAGCCUUGUCCCCAGAGCCGCACCACGCCCAGUGUGGGCUUGCCCAGGAUCCGCUGCUGUUGAGCAGGGCUCAGGCUGCCUCCAGAGCAGCCCCUUGACUGGGCUCUGCUGCUCAGAGCCGACGGACCACAGCCCACCCUGCCUACCCCUCAGUAGCUCCGUGCCCAACCCCGGGCACCGCUGCCCUUCUGUUUCAGAAUACAGAAACAGGAGAAAUGGAGGCCCUUCUCUGCAUGCCUCAGGAGGCCCUUACUGCCCCCAGCUGGCCUGAGCUGCGGGAGCCCAGUCCCACAGGGCACCAUGCAGGCCUGAACCCCGUCGUCCCCCAGCCCCUGGCCCAGGGAGGAAGGGGAGGCGGCGGCCCCUCACCCGCGUGCAUGCACCUCCCCGCCAGGAGACCCAGCCCCCCGGGCCUGAUGGCUGGGGCUGCCCUCACGCUUGGCCAUGGUGCGCCCUGCCUGGGCUUGGCUGAGGUCAUCCCCUGAGCCUGGGAGAAAGAAGGGCCUUGCCCCCUGGCCACCCCCGCCCUCCCCAGCCCCUCCAGUGCAGGCCUUCUUCCUUGGCAGGGCCUCAGCCCCCUCCCUGUCCUGGGGCCAGGGCUGGGAGGGGCCUCCUCCCCCCACAGCCCCCUGCUCCCUCACACAAACAAGUUCUUGGUUCAGCGGAGCAAGGCCAGGCCACAGAAUGGCCCCAGAGGGGUCUGCGGUCAGCCACUCCACCUCGAGGUCACCACUGGUACUAUGGGGUGGACGCCUCCAGAUGCUGCCCGCCAGGGCCCCAGGAGGACAGCCCGGCGACCUGCUGCUCCCGCCCCUUCCUUGGCAGGCGUUUCACCUUCUCUGCCGAGGCCCCAACGCAGAGGUGCCCGGGCUGCGCCAGCCACAAGCUACUUCACAAAGGCUCUCCUCCCCACUCCCACGGGCAAAGCACAGCAGGGAUGAGUGGCAAGAAUGUUCCUAUAGAUAUUAUGUACAGACCACAGGGCUGUAAUUUUGUACGUAGCGCUCAUGUAAAUACACGUAUGGAUUUUAUAAUAUACAUAUUAUAUAUGAAUCUAUAAAGGCAUAUUUUUAGAAAAACAGCACACCACUGCUUCUUUUGAAAAUAGUCUAAGAAUAAAAUGAAUUUCUACAGAG